AGAACCUCACCGGAGAACAGAACCCAAGUUGAUACUCGUCGAUCGGGAAACAGUAUGGUUAACAAGCGAGCGUGUUGCAAGUGCUGCAAGGGCUGCUGCUGCCUCAUCAUCAUCUUAGGCGCAAGCGCUCUCUCCAUUUGGCUGGGCCUCGGAGCUGACAACCCCAUAUGCUCCGUCGACUACGUCUACCUGCCGGCGCUCAACAGAACCCUGAACUCCACCACCAAUUCCACGUUGUACUUCAAUCUGAAGCUGGAAAACCCCAACAAUGGCAAGGGUAUUAACUACAACAACGUGAAGGGGUAUGAAAAGACGGCUAAGAAACCGGGUCAUGUGGACUAUAACAUGACGGUGGCUUCCCAGGGUGUUUUCCCUGACGCGACGGGGGUUUUCCGGAUAGAUUUGGUGACGGCCGUGAGGUUCAAGGUCAUGUUUUUGAGGAGUAAGAGGCGUAAGAUCAUGGUAGGGGCAGAAGUAGUAGUCGACGGGAAUGGUUCUAUGGUUCUUCCAAAGAAGAAGAAGGACAUCCCACUCAGUUCCAUGGCUCCAAAGCAGGGAUGCUGCAGCUUGGUUCUGCUGAUUCUGGUGAAUUUUCUGGCCUUGAUUAAUUUGGUUAAUUUUUUGUGAGUUUUUCUUGCUUUUAGCUUUGUCAAGGCUUUUGAUUUUUUCUUUUUUAUUCUCUUUCUCAAAAAGAAAGAAAAGGGUGUUAUGUACGAGGAAUUUGUUGGAAGAAAUUUGGGUUAAUGCCAACUAUUAUCCCUCUACUAUAAAAAUUAUUACCAUUU